UUACACUAUAUCUAAGUCACCAGCUCAAGAGAUCAAACAAGCACAGGUACAUAGUUCCUUAUGCAAUGGCCUUUCAACUCAAUAAGCAGCCCCACUUUGUGUUGGUUCCACUCUUUGCUCAAGGCCACAUGAUCCCCAUGAUAGACAUGGCAAGGAUCUUGGCCCAGCAAGGAGUGAUAGUAACUUUACUUAGCACCCCACAAAAUGCCUCAAGAUUUGAGAACACAAUUUCUAGAGCAGCACAAUCUGGCCUUCCAAUCCACCUUCUCAAAAUCCCAUUUCCAUGCCAAAAAGUUGGACUUCCACUAGGCUGUGAGAAUCUCGACACUCUGCCAUCAAGAAACCUCCUCAGAAACUUUUACAAUGCACUUCACAUGCUGCAGGAACCAUUGGAGCAGUACCUUCAAGAUCAUGCGUGUGCACCAAGCUGCAUUAUCUCAGACAAAUUCAUCUCAUGGACAUCAACAACAGCUCAGAAGUUCAACAUCCCAAGGCUUGUUUUCCAUGGGAUGUCCUGCUUCUCAUUGCUCAGCACUUCCAACAUCAAACUUCACAAUGCUCACCACUCUGUCAAAACUGACUCAGAGCCUUUUGUCAUUCCUGGAUUACCUCAUAGGAUUGAGAUAACAAGAAAACAGCUUCCAGGAGCAUUUUUUGCUCUUCCUGAUUUGGAUGAUUUAAGGGACAAAAUGAAUGAGGCUGAAAUGUCUUCUCAUGGGAUUGUGGUGAAUAGCUUCAAAGAAUUAGAGCAUGGUUGUGCUGAGGAGUAUGAGAAUGCUAUGAACAAGAGAGUUUGGUGUAUUGGUCCUGUGUCUUUAUGCAACAAGGAGAGUUUGGACAAGUUUGAGAGAGGAGAUAAGCCUUCAAUUGAAGAAAAACAAUGCUUGGAAUGGCUUAACUCAAUGGAGCCAAGGUCAGUUAUUUAUGUUUGCCUUGGUAGCUUGUGUAGGCUUGUUCCAUCACAAUUAAUAGAGAUUGGGCUUGGUUUAGAAGCAUCAAAUAGACCCUUUAUUUGGGUAGUUAAAACUGCAGGAGAAAAUUAUUCAGAGGUGGAAAAAUGGUUAGAAGAUGAAAACUUUGAGAAAAAGGUUAGAGGAAGAGGGCUUUUGAUUAAGGGAUGGGCACCACAGAUUCUAAUACUGUCUCAUCCUGCAGUUGGGGGAUUCUUGACACAUUGUGGAUGGAAUUCAACAAUUGAAGGCCUGUGCUUCGGUUUGCCAAUGAUAACAUGGCCUUUGUUUGCUGAACAAUUUCUAAAUGAGAAGUUGAUUGUGGAAGUUCUGAAGAUUGGAGUUAGAAUUGGAGUUGAGGUUCAGGUGAGGUUUGGUGAUGAAAAGAAAGCUGGGAUAUUGGUGGAAAAAUGUAGAGUUGUGGAAGCUAUAGAGAUGUGUUUGGAGGGAGGUGAAGAGGGAGAAAAGAGGAGGAUUAGAGCAACAGAACUUGGAAACAUGGCUACAAGGGCUUUAGAGGAGGAUGGUUCCUCUCGUUUCAACAUUUCAAGCUUAAUUCAAGAUAUUAUGGAAAGUUAAUUAAUGUAGCAACAAUUCUUGACAUGAUCAACUUUUCUGUGUUACUUUUCCCUCUUAUUUGGGAGUGAAUUCUUUGUUGGCGAAGUUAAAGAUUCUAUUAUAGCUAGGUAGUGAUUCUCUUA